AUGUGCAUUCGAAAUUUAAUUCAGAAUGAAUGUUUUCUGUUAUCAUGUAUUCAACAGCAAUUAUUAUCGAUAAAUAUUUACUAUUCUAUGGCUCAAGAAGCUAUCUUUAACUGUGAAUAUCAGAUAUUGGAAAUAUUAAUAUCCUAUUGGCCUUGUACAAAACUCGAUAUAUUGAAAUUAAUACCAAUAACAAUGAGUAACAACGAUGGUGAUGAUAAUGUGUCGAUUCAGUAUGAUUGUGUAUCAACUGUUCUCGAAAAAAAAUUACAAGAUGAUUCAACAUUAUUAGAUUAUAUCAGUAUGGGCAUUGUUAAUAAACAUCCAAGAAUAUCAAAGCUAAAAAUUGUUGAUUUUGGAGGCUGUCCUAUAAGUAUUCAAAUGGCUAAAGAAUUGUGUCGUUUGCCAUUAUUAUGGAUAUCACCGACAAGACGUUCAUCAAAUCGUAUUCAAAUGGCUAAAGAAUUGUGUCGUUUGCCAUUAUUAUGGAUAUCACCGACAAGACGUUCAUCAAAUCGUCUAUUAUCACAAAUGAAACAUGGAAUAUGUAUUGAUAAAGUAAAACUUGAACAAUAUUUAGAUGGUUUCAAUUAUGUUUAUCAAUUCUAUGAUAAAUCUAUUUCACAUGAAUCAAAUUUUGAACCAAUUAAAAUUAUUUUCGAUUGUCAUAUUGUUAACGAAGAUACAUUACUUGGUUUACAAAUUCAACAAUUAACACCAUUUCGUUUUCAUUUUCGUAAACUAUGGAUAUCAUUUUAUUUGAAACAAUGUCUUAUGUCUAAUACAUCAUUUGAUCUAAAUCCUGUUAUAUUUUUAACAAAUGUUGAAACUAUUACCCAUUUACAUUUAAGUGAUAUAAAUAUGGAAGCAACAGAGAAAGAACUUACAUUACUUGUGCGAUGUUUAUCAAAUUUAAGAAAUAUUCGUGUACUAUGUUUACAACGCAUAUUGAAUUUUUAUCCACAACGUUAUACUCAUGUUCAUUUUCUAACUGAUUUAUGUCAAGAUUUUAAUCGUUUAUUUCGUCGUUUAAUUUAUUUACGAAAACUAGAUUUAUCCUAUUCCUAUCUUCGUUCUCAUAUUCGUACAUUGCUUACCGGCGUUAUUCAACCAUUAGACUAUCUCAAUUUACAAGAUUGUCGUUUAACAUCAGUCGAUAUUGAAUUUAUUCAUUCAAUGCGUAAUAUUCGAUAUAUACGAGAAUUAAAUUUAAGCAUGAAUGAUUUUAGUAUGUGUUCUACUUUAAUCGUAAAUAUUGUUGAAAAAAUACCAAAUCUUGUUUCAUUGUCAUUAGCCUAUUGCCAAUUGCAUACUUCAACAUUGGUUCAAUUAGCUGGAUGUUUUAAACCAAUUAACGAAUCACAAACAUCGAUAAGAUAUCUAUCAUUAAAAAGUUUUAUUCCCUACUUAAAUUGGGAAUUUUUAGAUUUAAUGCACGCGUUUGCAAAUAUAACGACAUUGAAAAAAUUAUUAUUAUUUCCACAAUUGUAUGCUUAUCCAGGGGCGAAUGACGAUGAAAGAGAAAUUGCAGCACGAGAUCUCUAUAGACGAUGCUGCACUAUAUUGCAAACAUUGGGACGAACAGACCUAGAACUUCUCUGA